AUGAGUAUAUGCAUAAUUACCUGUCAGACUCACCAAACUAUUCGGUGCAUUGGCAAAUUACAAACAGCUCCUAAUGUGCAUCGAUCCUGUAUUUAAGUAGGUCCAUCCUUUGAGAAAAUAUCAUUCACUUGUGAACACUUCAAGAAGUUACACCGAUUUUCAAUCGAUCCAAUUACAUACAUUUUUAUUUCGGCUCAUAACAUUUUGAUAUUCAGUGCGGCGUUGUAAUAUUAGUGCAGCAGUGUUGUUUCGACAUUAAAAAAAGUGAAUUUGUUUUUAAAGAGAAAAUAAAUCGAUUAACAUUGUUUUCGGGUAUUCGCUACGUUUAAAAAAAAGAGUUGUGUAAAAUGGAUGCAUCUGGUUUGAGUCUCGACGAAAUUAUCAAGAAGAAAAAGAUCACAAAAAGUGGUUUCCGCACCAAAAAGGUGACCAAAACCAAGAAACCAAUUUCUGGUACCGGUGGAGGUGCGGUGAAAAAGUUUACAGUUGCAAAAGUGGGUAAAGCCAAACCGGUACUUGAUGCACGAAACAAAAUCAUCCAAAAGAAUCGAGCAAAAAUCCAUGAUGCCAGAGACAAAUUGGCCCAAAUUGCGAAGCGUAACGGUGACGCACGUUUGAAAUUGCUUCAGAAAAAUAUUCAAUUCUUGAAGAAAUUUGGCGAAUUAGAUGGUGCAGUAAAUGCAUUACGUCGUACACCAAAUCAAAAUUCAAAUGCGGGCGUUUCUUUGAAAACAAAACGUGCCGCUGCCGCUAGCACUGUACCGUUUAAACGUACACCAGCAUACCAGCGUAUGGCAGCCGCUGCCACUUCAGCCACUAAUGAUACAUCCAUGGAUGUGGAUAUGGAGUAUUUCCCAACAUCGACCAAUUUGAGACGUACGGUCAAAAAUGAGAUUGCAUAUGUGCCAAGCAGCACAAUGCCACCAUUGCCAACAUUCAAAUAUAUUGAGCCACCACGUCGCAUGGCAACCACACGACCGAAAGACUACGAAGCCGAUCCGUUUGAUUGCUAUGAGGUGCCAGUGGCGCGUCCGUAUGACGUGUCGGAGCCACGCAACUUGAAUCGAUCAGUACUUGGCGCUCAAAUGGAUUCAUAUCCACAACAAACCAUUCGUCAAGUUGAGUACGAACGUGCGUACCCAUCACAAUAUAAGAGUGGCAGCGAUUUAUCCAAACGGUAUAUUGCCGAUGAGAAUUCACAUUUGUCCCAUGAGAUGCGCAGUCGUUUGCAACGAGCACCAGACGCCACACAAUCGGCUGGCAUCUUUUCAAAUCCAUACAUUAGCAACUCACGCGAACGUCAAAUCACAAGCGCUGGUUAUCGUAUUGUUGUCAGUAAUCUACAUAGCAGCGUCAGUCAGAGCGAUAUUAAGGAAUUGUUCGAAGAUGUGGGCCCGUUGCUUGAUGCACGGCUUGUACGCACUGGCGUAGCUGAAGUCAUUUUUGAAAGAUUGAAAGAUGCUCAAACUGCUGUUGAUACUUACCAUAAUCGACAACUGGAUGGUCAGCCAAUGAAAUGUCUACUUGUCAAUCCACGUUCUUCAAACAAACCAACUGCCCCAGCCAUCAAACCAACCAAAAGCAAUUUGACCAAAACCAGCAAAGUUGAGAUUGAUAUUGAUGCUUUGCACAGUGUCUUGUUCCGACGUUCAUAAGUUCACUGUUCACACCUCAUAAAAUCAAGAACAACAAAACCAACAAAAAGAAUCACGUAAAAGCCAGUAAAAAUCGCCGAGCAAUCGAACAAGCUGAAUGGUAUUUAUUUCGAAAUAAAUUGUAUGAAAUGACAUAUACAGAACCGAUCUGCGUAUAUUGAAUAUAUAAGAUGAUUUUCAUUCGAUUAGAUUUAUGUCAUUUAAACGAAUGCAACAAUAUUGAACAACAAGAAAAAAAUGGGCCAAAAUGUAAAACUCUGUUUAAUAGAAGUAAACAAUAAAACAGCAGGAAUUCAUUUAGAACGCAAUAUCAUAGCGUUGUGUUAUUUUCAAUAAUUUUGGCUUCCAUCUCACAUUUGAUGCACAUUAAAAGUUUCACUAUCAUAACAGCGGAAUAAAAUAAUACUUUGAUUUACAUAAUACUAUAAUAAUAAAAA